CAGCUCGCGCAGCUUGUUGGCUCGCUAUAUAAAGGGGAGAAGCGGGCGGACCGGACGGCUGGAGCUGCAGCCGGUGGCGGCAGCGGCGGCACGGGGAGCGGCCACCGGUGGUGGUUUCCCUCCUUGGCGCGGGGUGGGGAGCGGGCAACGCCCCCCGGACCCCUGAAGGGUCGUGGCUUUUUUUUUUUAAAGGCGAUUCUUGAGGUUUUUAGCUCCGGGAGGACUGCCCCCUCCUCCCUCGCCGCUCCCUCCUCCUCCUUCAGGAUCGAUUUUGUUUAAAUUUUUCCCCCAGUCGUGCGGUGACUCGGGUCACCCUCCAGGUGUCUUACUUUGGUUUUGUUUUUUUUUGGUUUUGUUUUUAUCUUAUUUUCUCGGGGUUGCCCCCCUCUUGUUUGUGUUGUGUGUGGAAAUGGCGAACUCGGCAAAUACAAACACCGUGCCUAAAUUAUACAGAUCUGUGAUUGAAGAUGUUAUUAAUGAUGUGAGAGACAUCUUUCUGGAUGAUGGAGUAGAUGAACAAGUCCUGAUGGAACUAAAAACGUUAUGGGAGAAUAAACUAAUGCAGUCUAGAGCAGUAGAUGGAUUUCAUUCAGAGGAACAGCAGCUUUUAUUGCAAGUUCAACAGCAGCAUCAACCCCAGCAGCAGCAGCAUCACCACCACCACCACCACCAGCAAGCUCAACCUCAGCAGACAGUACCUCAGCAAGCGCAGACCCAGCAGGUCCUUAUUCCUGCAUCACAGCAAGCCACCGCACCACAAGUUAUUGUUCCUGAUUCUAAGCUGAUACAACAUAUGAAUGCAUCAAACAUGAGUGCUGCUGCUACAGCUGCUACCUUGGCACUCCCUGCAGGUGUGACUCCUGUUCAACAGAUAUUAACAAAUUCAGGCCAGCUUCUUCAAGUCGUCAGAGCAGCCAAUGGUGCCCAGUAUAUCUUUCAGCCUCAGCAGUCAGUGGUUCUACAACAACAGGUUAUACCACAAAUGCAGCCUGGUGGGGUACAAGCUCCUGUUAUUCAACAGGUACUGGCCCCUCUUCCUGGAGGGAUUUCACCACAGGCAGGUGUCAUCAUCCAGCCUCAGCAAAUCUUAUUUACAGGAAAUAAGACUCAAGUUAUACCUACGACAGUGGCAGCACCUACACCAGCACAAGCACAGAUAACUGCCACUGGCCAACAGCAGCCUCAGGCCCAGCCUGCUCAAACACAGGCUCCAUUGGUAUUACAAGUUGAUGGAACUGGGGAUACAUCAUCUGAAGAAGAUGAAGAUGAAGAAGAAGACUAUGAUGACGAUGAAGAAGAAGACAAAGAAAAAGAUGGAGCUGAAGAUGGGCAAGUGGAAGAAGAACCCCUCAAUAGUGAAGAUGAUGUGAGUGAUGAGGAAGGACAAGAACUCUUUGACACAGAAAAUGUCGUUGUAUGCCAAUAUGAUAAGAUACACAGAAGUAAAAACAAAUGGAAAUUUCAUCUCAAGGAUGGCAUUAUGAAUCUUAAUGGAAGAGAUUAUAUAUUUUCCAAAGCCAUUGGAGAUGCAGAAUGGUGAAGAGUUGUUCUUUUCUUUUAUAAAUAAAAGAAACUUUAAUAACAUUUAAAGUGGACAGUUUGAAACUUGGGACAUAUACCAACCAAAACUUCACUUCUGCAUGUCAGAAAAGUGCAGUAGAAGCAAAGCUACUGGAACAAAGAUAGACCUUGACAACACAGACACUACUUCUAACUGGCAAGCCAUGGAACUGUAGCACCU